AUGCGUACCUCGUUCACCAUUUUCGCUGCCAUUAGCGGCCUCUCUUCCCUGGCCUCCGCCGUCGGCAACGCUGUCGUCGUCAACACAUGCUCAUUCCCCGUCUACCUCUGGUCCGUAGACUCUGUCGUGAGCCAGCAAUACACUCUUGAGCCAGGCGACAACUACUCCGAAACCCUGCACAGUGAUCCCACAACGGGCGGUGUAGCCAUCAAGAUCACCACCGUUGAGAACGGCCUCUACAACGCCUCCCCUCAAACCGACUAUGCCUACUCCUUGACCAACGGCGAGACCUGGUACGACCUUUCUGAUGUCUUUGGAGAUCCAUUCUCUGGCAACUCACUCACGAUCACUCCCUCGGAUACUUCUUGCGGCUCUGUUGACUGGCCCAGUGGAACACCACCUGCUGGUAGCCAAGUCAAUGUGUGCCAAGCAAACUCCGAUAUCACUUUGACCCUUUGCUAA